UUUUGUAUUUUUCUCUGCUACUCUUUGCCUAUGACGGUGCCUUUCAGUCAGAACGACAAAGCAGGAGUAGCUUAACAAACUCGGUUUGCCAACAGCGGGCUGAAGCUGAUGAUCAUUCGGCACAAAUUUCCUGUCAUUGUCUUUCAAGUGAUAGUAUUCACCCAUGCAUUUAUAUAGGGCCGUCGCAUUCACACAGCGGCGAGUGAAAUGAAUAGACUGUCAGUGCGGGCUGCGUGUGCAAUGAGAAGAGAGGUCUUUUGUUUACUUUAUCUCUGAUUGUUGCUGCUAACCAUUUUCAGUUUUCACUGCUAGGAAGUGAGUGUGAAGAGGGAAUGGUAUCAAUAUCCAACAAAUUUCAGUCACUGAGAUUGAGAAAUCGCACCCCUGUUAAGAAUGCAGGACAUUGCCUCACGAGCGAAUAUCGAUGAAAAGCAAACGGUGCAGUUGAUUGUCGACGGGUUUCGCGACCGAUCUGCCAAUAUUGCGGUGCUGUAUCCAGCGACAACGAUUGUGCAGCUGAAACAGCUGGCUCAUCGAUACUCACAGCUAAGAGAAAUGUACUCGGCUACUCCGAUCCCAGUUAACAAACCAAAGACAACAACCAAAGGCGCAACAAAAUCCCCGGCAGCUGAUGUUCGUUGUUUCAACUGUUCUGGUGUAGGACAUUUUUCAGUUGCCUGUCCAGAACCAAAACGGGAAAUCGGAUCUUGUUUCCGGUGCGGUUCCAACCAACAUAAGCUUAAGGAAUGUCCAAAACCAGCUCCCAUUCGUCAACAGAUCGCAUUGGUGGAUGAUUUCCGUCGUGGGUCUUCGUCGGUGAACAACGACAACUGUGGUCCAAGUGGCGGAAUUAUUCCGGAGGUUAAUGAGUCCGAUUAAUCUCAUAAGGAGAUCGGCUGUUCCAAGUCAAUAUAUUCUUACAGAGCAAAAACUUUCCGGUUAUAAAGGAAUUGGAGGUUUUCCUUUGUGCACGUACGGUAUAAUUCCUGUCAACGUAACGUUUCGCAACAGAGCUAAAACUCUAAAAAUUUAUGCAGUACCAGAUCAUUUCAUUUGCCAUCCCUUGCUUUUGGGGCGAGAUUUCCUCGCAAGUUUUGGGAUUACUUUAUGCGACAAUACACUUAUAAAUGAUUUCAUUAAACCUCAAAUUAAACUUUGUAACGAGAACGAAAUAAAAAUUUCUGGUGAAAUACUGCAUUGUUUAUACAAUUUGUCCAAAGACGAUUCCGAUUCCGA